ACACCCUCCUCUUGCAAGAGCUCUCGUCGACAGCAUGGGUCACGUCAAGAUCCUCAAGACCGCGGCGUACCACCAGCGCUACCAGGUCAAGUACCGGCGGCGGCGCGAGGGCAAGACCGACUACCUCGCGCGCAAGCGCCUCGUGGUGCAGGACAAGAACAAGUAUGGCUCGCCCAAGUACCGCCUCGUCGUCCGUUGCACUAACAAGGACGUCAUCUGCCAGAUCAUGCACUCCAAGAUCGUGGGCGACGUCUGCCUCUGCGCCGCCUACUCGCACGAGCUGCCAAAGUACGGCAUCGAGGUCGGGCUCACCAACUAUGCCGCCGCGUACGCCACCGGCCUGCUCUGCGCCCGCCGGCUGCUCCAGAAGCUCGGCCUCGACGAGCAGUACGAGGGCAACGACGACCCGGACGGCGAGCACUUCCUGGUCGAGCAUGAGGACGGACCGCGCCCCUUCACCUGCGUCCUCGACGUCGGCCUCAUCCGCACGACCACGGGCGCCAAGGUCUUCGGCGCGCUCAAGGGCGCGGUGGACGGAGGCCUAAACAUCCCCCACUCCGACAAGCGCUUCCCGGGGUACGACCCUGACGCCAAGGAGCUGGACGGCGAGACGCACAAGAAGUACAUCUUCGGCGGCCACGUCGCCGAGUACAUGGAGCUGCUCGAGGAGGAGGACCCCGACCGCUACCAGACGCAGUUCGCAAACUACAUCGAGAAGGACAUCGAGGCCGACUCGCUCGAGGAGAUGUACCAAAAGGCGCACGAGGCCAUCCGCGAGGACCCCGAGUUCACGCCGAGCGAGAAGAAGGGCUCGUACCCGGCGAUCAACGACCAGCCCAGGAAGACGUACGAGGAGCGCAAGGCCAGCGUGGCGGCGAAGAAGGCGGCCAUGAAGGCGGCGCUCGAGGCCGCCGAGGACGACGACGACGACUCGGAGGACGAGGAUUAGGAGAGUACGUAUUAGUGUGGUCCGUUGAAAACAUCGCAAACCCUUGAAAACAUCGCAAACCCGCAUGGAUUUGUCAUUUGGAAGGGCUCGCGUGAAUUAAUGUCAUUGAUUC